AGAAGAUUCAGAUAUGGUUCAAACCAAAACACCAAGCAACAGAAGAAGCUAAUGAAGAAAGGUGGUAACAUUGGUGGGUUAAUAAAUGAUGGUAAUACUUGUUUUAUGAAUAGUGUUUUACAAAGUUUAGCAUCAUCAAAUUCAUUAAUAAGUUUUCUAAAUGAUGAAACAAUUGAAGGAGAUAUUAAAGAAAAAGAUUUAAAAUUUACAAAAUCUUUCAAGACUUUAUUAGAAAAUUUAAACAACAAACAUUUCAACAAGAAUCAUGAUUACAAAACAAAUCCAAUGUUGAAAACAAUGACCAAGACUCCAAAUAAAAAUUUCUUGAUGGGUUAUAAUCAAGAAGAUGCUCAAGAGUUCUUCCAGUCUAUAUUGAGUGAAUUAGAAUCAGAUUUCAAAAAAAUCCACUCUUCAAACACAACAACAAACAAGACAGAACCGGUUUUAACAUCAUCAUUACCAUCAGAUACCACUCAUGGUAUUGAUAAUCUUGGAUAUAUUGGACCAGUUUACAUUCCAUCAUCACAAAUAGAUCCUAAUUUACAAGACUCGCAGUUAAAGUCAACAAGAUUCAAUCUAUUAACACCAGUGGAUGGGUUAAGUGCUGAAAGAAUUGGUUGUUUACAAUGUGGUGAAAUGGGUGGUAUCCGUUAUAGUGUUAUUAGUGGGUUAAGUUUAAACUUGCCACCUGAUAAUUAUAAUGCUUUGAAAUUGACAGAUUUGUUAACAAAAUGGAUUGAACCUGAAAUCAUUGAAGGUGUUGAUUGUAAUAGAUGUGCAUUGAAUUCAGUUUUACAAUAUCAACAGGAUCAAUUAUCAACAUUAGAAGCUAAAGAACAAACUUCCUCAACUGAGAAAUUAAUUGAAUUAUUGAAAUUAAGAGUUGGUGAAAUUGAAAGAGAAUUAGAAAAACCAAUAAUUGAUGAUGAAAUUUUCAAAAAAUUACAUACAAAGAACAUGAUGAAGAAAUGUUCAAAAUCUAAACAAAUUUUAAUAAGUCGUCCACCACCAUUAUUAGCCAUUCAUAUUAAUAGAUCGGUGUUUGAUCCAAUGACUUAUAGAGUUCGUAAAAACAAUGCAAGAGUUGUUUUCCCAUUGAAACUUGAUUUGGAUCCAUUUGUUGCAGAACCAAAUGAUAUUAAUACAGAUGCUAGAUUACCAUUGUCAAAGAAGGUAAAAGUUCAAGAACCUAUUGUUCAAUCAGAAUCAUCAUCUACAUCAUCAUUAGAAACUCCAGAUAGUUCAAAUAAUGAAAAGGAGGAGGGUGAAGAGAAAUUGGAACAAGAUUCUGAUUCUGACUCUGAUGAACAAGAAAUUCCCCUUUCAAUUGAAAAACAAGACAUUUCAGGACCAUUAGUUUAUGCAUUACGUUCAGUUAUUGUUCACUAUGGUACACAUAAUUACGGUCAUUACAUUGCAUUCAGAAAAUAUAGAGGAGUUUGGUGGAGAACUAGUGAUGAAACAAUUGACAUUGUUGAUGAAGAUGAAGUUUUAUCAGCACCUGGUGUUUUCAUGUUGUUUUAUGAAUUGGAU